UUAAAGUUCCUCUCUUUGUGUUUUUUCACACAAACUAAACUCAAAGCCUUUUUCCUCCUCUUCCUCUUGCAUUCCUUAACUCCACGGCGGAGAUCCGAGGAGUUGGGAAAAGAACUCAAAACUAAACCCUAAAAAGCACAACAAGCUUCAUCACUCUCUUUCUCAACACUCUUGCAAGUAGUCAUGGCGGGAAUGGCACCUGAAGGUUCUCAGUUUGAUGCUAAGCAUUAUGACACUAAAAUGAGUGAAAUUCUUCAAGCUGAUGGACAGGAUUUCUUCACCUCAUAUGACGAGGUUCAUGAUACUUUUGAUGUGAUGGGUUUGAAAGAAAACCUUCUAAGAGGAAUAUAUGCGUAUGGUUUUGAAAAGCCAUCUGCAAUUCAACAGAGAGGAAUUGUUCCAUUCUGUCAAGGACUUGAUGUUAUUCAACAAGCACAGUCUGGAACAGGAAAGACUGCAACCUUUUGUUCUGGUAUUUUACAGCAGCUUGAUUAUGAACAUGUCCAGUGCCAAGCCUUGGUUCUUGCACCUACUCGUGAGCUUGCUCAACAGAUUGAGAAAGUCAUGCGUGCCCUUGGUGAUUAUUUGGGGGUUAAGGUUCAUGCUUGUGUUGGUGGAACCAGUGUUAAGGAGGAUCAGCGUAUUCUUUUAAGUGGUGUGCAUGUCGUUGUUGGUACCCCUGGUCGUGUCUUUGAUAUGUUGAGGAGACAAUCCCUUCGUUCUGACAGCAUCAAGAUGUUUGUGUUGGAUGAAGCUGAUGAGAUGCUCUCACGAGGGUUUAAGGACCAGAUCUAUGAUAUUUUCCAACUCCUUCCAGCCAAAGUUCAGGUUGGUGUUUUCUCUGCCACAAUGCCUCCUGAAGCUCUUGAGAUCACAAGGAAGUUCAUGGACAAGCCAGUAAGAAUUUUGGUUAAGCGUGAUGAGCUUACCCUUGAGGGUAUCAAGCAAUUCUAUGUCAAUGUUGAAAAGGAGGAAUGGAAGCUUGAGACACUCUGUGAUUUGUAUGAGACUUUGGCCAUCACCCAGAGUGUCAUCUUUGUUAACACCCGACGUAAGGUUGACUGGUUGACUGACAAGAUGAGAGGCCGUGACCACACCGUCUCAGCCACCCAUGGAGACAUGGACCAGAACACCAGAGAUGUUAUCAUGCGUGAAUUCAGAUCUGGUUCCUCCCGUGUCCUCAUCACUACCGAUCUUCUUGCUCGUGGUAUUGAUGUCCAGCAGGUCUCUCUUGUUAUCAACUACGAUCUUCCAACACAGCCUGAGAACUACCUUCAUCGUAUUGGACGUAGUGGUCGAUUUGGAAGAAAGGGAGUUGCUAUCAAUUUUGUAACCAAGGACGAUGAGAGGAUGCUGUUCGACAUCCAGAGGUUCUAUAACGUGGUUAUCGAGGAGUUGCCUUCCAAUGUUGCUGAUCUUCUCUGAAGAGACAAAUUUUUUCCUUUCUUUCUCUGCGUAUGUUCAGUGACAAGCUUCUUUUCUUAUGUUUUUGAGUUGUUUAGUACUGUUUAAUGUUUUUUUUCUCUUUUGUUAACGUGACAGUCUUGAAUUCGGUCUUUUUUAAACUUUAAUCCUUCUUAGUAGUAAUUGUCUGUUCUGCAAGAUGUUGGUGGAAAAACCUUGAGAUCUUCUCAUCUCUAUCUUUGAGGUUUGAAGAUCAAUUGGGAAUGUUAUAGCAAAUUUUGUCCCAGCUCUUGGUAGUUUUUGUAUUUUUAAAUGGAUGGAUGUUUUCUUCUU